AUGUACCACCAUUGUCUUCCCUUGUUAUAUUGUUCACUGAAACUUUCAGUAGGUCAAGUGUCAUGUCUUUUGAUUGAUGAGGAUCCUUUGCAAGGUUUCUCUCUGCAGUUGGUGAUGGGCACAAUUAAUGAUAAAUCAGAUGAUGUAUACUCAUAUGUUGGAGAUAAAGGGGAUAUUGGAUUCAUUGACUUUGAUAAUUGUCAAUCUGUUUGUAGCUAUAACCCUGCUGAGGAGAGUGAUACUUUCAACAUUUCUGUCCCGUUUCAUCUAAUUGAAGGAAGAAAACCUCAAUCAGGAAUUGUCGGAGAAACAAUGUCCGAUUCGGUUACUAUAAGAAACACCACCAAUGAGUCGUUAGAUCUCUGGUCUGUGAAGAUUUUUGACUCCAAACCU